CGUUAAGAAAGAAGUCGAUAAACAGCUUCGAAGACGCAGUCAAGCCCCAAAACUUCAACGCCGUUGUAGAAGCUGUCCAGGAGAUUGCGGGCAUCAAAGAGGGGUCGAAGUCGUUUGACAAACCAUCUCUCGUUUGGAAGCUUGGAAAUUCGCUGAAGAAGAUCGCUGACAUUAAAUACGCCAGGGCUUUGAAGGAUGGUGAUGAAGAGGUGUUAGAGGAAGCUGAGGCAUUUAUUAAGCUGUGUACGAAAGAAUGGCCCUCCCAUGCAAAAUCACAACCAAAAACACCCUGCCAGCCAACCUUACAGUUUACACAAGAUGUGAUGCUGCUCUACAAGUGCCUGAACAGGACAACAGCUUCUGCAGUCCAGAGCCUGAUGAUGUAUGCAGUAACACCGGUCUACAACGCGCUUCUCAAAGUGGUACUUGCAUUCGUGUCCUUCUUAAACAAAAAUAUUCAGGAUGUUUCAAGGGUGACACUCCAGUCAUUCAAGGAAAGGGCUUCCGCAGAGCUUCAGGAAGAUGCUGCUGGUUCACAGACCCAAUUGGAGCAAAUUCUGUCUAAGCACAAAGUCACGAUUGGUGUUAGUAACUCAAAUGGAAAAAUAUUUGCUCUUACUUUGAGCCCUGAAGUGCUUUCUGCGCUAACGGUGCUUGUGGACAAGAGGGACACAUGUGGAGUAGGUAAGGACAAUCCCUUCUUAUUUGGGAAUCCUGGUGGCAAAGGGUCAGACUUUCACAAGGGACACGCGUGUAUCAGGAUGUUCGUUAAUCGCUGUGGUGCAAAGAACCAGGAAGCUCUCAGGUCUCAGUGUUUUCGUAAGUACAUAGUAAGAAUUUUCCAGAUUCUCAGCCUUAAAAAUGACGAGCUCACUCAGCUAGCUAAGCUGUUGGGCUGUGACAUUCAGACAGACUGGGAGUAUUAUCAGACGCCCGAGGCAGCUGCCGAUGUCGCAAAAAUAUCAGAGCUUCUGUCGGCACUGGAGAAUGGAUCUCUCGAACGAUUCGAAGGAAAGACUCUGGAGGAAAUUGAGAUUCCAGAUGAAUUGCAGCCAGUCAUGGAGCCUGUCCCCCCAGAAACAGCGAUGCUGAGGAAGAUGAUGAAGGUAAAAAAAGCAAAAGAAAACAAAGCCAAAGAAAGAAAAAGAAGAAGGAGAUUGAAAAAGAGCAGCCGGAGCCAAAUGAACAUGAAGCCGUGAACACAGAGAAAGAAGACAAGGCAGAGGACGUGCCGGUGAAGAGUGACAUCAGCAAACCUGUGGAGAAGAAAUCUUUUAGCACAGCUCUUGAGCCAAGUAUUUAUUUCAGUGACGAUGAUGAGGACAUGAAUGUGAAUUUUGACAUCGACAUAGACACUGAUGACGACGAUGAUAGAAAUGAGGAGAUUGCUGCAGACGGUCGCUCAAACAGUUCAGGUACAAAGCCCAGGGUAACAGAUGAAGAUGCAACAACAGAAGUCAAGAAGAGCAACAAGGAUGGUGACGGAGAGCAGAAAAAUACGUCUCCAGACGAGCACAGUGCUGAUGAUGAGAUCGCAGAGGCAAUGGAUAUCGACACAGAGAACCAUGUGGAGGAGGACUAUGAUGAAGAUGAUGAUUGGAUGGAUGUGGACAGUAACGCUUCUGCUCCCACUUUAAAUGAAGUCACAGAAAAGAAGACCAACCUAUCGGUGCCCAUGGCUCUGAUGAAAGAAGUGAAGAUAGUAAUCCCAAAACUAGACAUCGAGAAGGUGCAGCAUCCCAUCCACAUUUCCCAGUUGUCAUCUUUGAGUAACAAGCAGCCGGUGGAAGAUAAACCCGUCCAUGAUGACAAGAAACAGAGUGCAAGACCUACUCCACUUACAGAGGUCACAAACAAGCCCAGCUCUGAAAAGGCAGUGCACAUGAACUGCUCCCGCUGCAAAAAGAGCAUGAUGAAGGGACACACUGCUUACCAGAAGAAGGGCUUCUCAGACGUCUUCUGCUCCAAAAACUGUCUGUUUGAGAUGUUUUCUUACAACAAACCAGCCACCAAGACCUGUCACCAAUGUCAUAAAGCGAUAUCGCAGCCUCUGGACCUCAUCAUGGCUGCUGUGGACACUAAAGGAACUAUGAAGGACUUCUGCAGCCCGGCUUGCUUGAGCUCUUUCAAGUCUGCAUCCACCCAAACACAAAAGUCAGUCUGCAACAUAUGCAAAAAAGUCUGCAGUACCAAAUGUGAGCUGACCCUGAACGAGGCAGUCAUCAGGUUUUGCAGCCACGCAUGCUUCGAUGAUUUCUGCAAGAACAACAUGGGCAUCUGUGAGAACUGCAGCUCUGUGUGCCGCAGCAAACCGCUCACGCUGAAGCUGGAGGAUGAUAACAAAACAUUCUGCAGCGGUGGUUGUCUGAAGCGGUUCAAAGAGAACUCCAGGAUGCUCCUACGCUGCACCACUUGCCUCUUUUCUCGACCUGUCUUUGACAUGGUUAACUUUAAAAACGAUGAGAACGUGGUGCAGCUCUUCUGCGGCCGCUUUUGUGUGAAAUCUUACGAGCUGCGACUGACAGAUGAGAUGGAUCAAGUGAAGAGAAAAACCGAUAACCAAUCAAAAGAGACAAACACUGAGGAUGCUGUCGAACCAAACGACACAGUGUUGCUCAUCGCCGACGAGUGCACACUCUGUUUCCACUGCAAAAAGAAUUUGUUGGAAGGAGAGACACUUUACAAGCCGAAAGACACAGAGGAGUUUUUUUGCUCCAUGGCCUGCUUACAUGAAAAGCGUUGCGAGAUCAAAAUACCCAUCAAAAAGUGCCACAACUGCUUUCAGGUGAUUGCGCGACCUCAAAACAUCAUCCUGGCUCCGGUGGAUGAUUCGGGAACUAUGAAGGAGUUGUGCAGCGAUACAUGUCUCUCCUCCGUCACAUCCAAAAUGAAAAAGGCUGCUACUAAGCCUCCACCAAAAGAGGGACCUAGUUCACAGUGCAGGAUGUGUGCCAGAUGUUGUUAUUGCAAACUCACGGUGACCCUGAACGGCGUGGUCCACAGACUUUGCAGUGACUCCUGCUUCAUGAGCUACCGCAAAGUCAACAACCUGCGCUUGUCUCUCUGCGACAUGUGUGACGCCGUCUGCUACAACAAAUGUCUCGUGGUCAAGCUGGAGGACGGCAGUAAAGCCCUCUGCAGUGAUGAAUGUCUGGUCAAGUUUAAAGAGAAAGUUGGCACUCGUCAGCUCUGCCCCAUGUGCCAGACGUCCCAUCAGCUGUCAGACAUGAUUGAAAAUAAAAAUGAUGAAGGCAGGCUGGAGUUCUUCUGCAGCAACAGGUGUAUGAUGGUGUACGAGGCCCAGACCUUCACUGUGACGGACAAGAAAAGCUCUUCAUCUGAAGUUUGUGAGGUUAAAGACGCGAAGCCAUCUGUAAUACAUCUCAACUGCAUCAAAACAGAGCCCAUCGAUGAGGGGUACAGCCAGAGUCUCACAGCCUCAGUUUCUCAUCAGGACAUCAAGAAGGAGCCAAAUGUAGUAAAGGAGGACUUAAAGAUUGGGUCGGUUUUCUCCUUGACCGAUGAAUCCAAACCUGCAGAGCCCUCGCUCACCAACACGGAUGUCCCUGCAUCGUGCUCCGCCUGCAAACAGGUCCUCAUGGAUGGAGAGACAGUUUACCAGAGGAAAAACCACACUGGCGCAUUCUGCUCCACUUCCUGCCUCCUGAAAUGUUACCAAAAGAUACCAGUUUGGAGGACGUGCCACUUCUGUCUUCAAGUGAUAAGAGAGCCUCAGGACAUCCUCGAGGCCCCGCUGGAUAACGAGGGGACAAAGAAGGAUUUCUGCAGCCAGACUUGCCUGUCCUCCUUCAACUACAAGAAACAAGUGUCCACCAAAAUACCCGUGGCUCCUGUCUCAUCACACUCACAAUGCAGCAUGUGCAGCAGAUAUUGCAUUAGCAAACACGAGAUCACGAAAGAGGACGCCAUCCACAAGAUCUGCAGUGAGCCGUGUUUUCUGCGGUUCUGCGGCAUGAACAACAUCACAGUCUGUGCGAACUGCCGCGCACACCGUAAAACACCGCUCACGCUCAAGAUGGAGGAGGGCGGCAACAAACUUUGCAGUGAAGAGUGCCUGGCCCAAUUCAAGCAGAAAAUCCAAACCCCGCAGCCGUGCACAAUGUGCCGUAACACUUCUCCGACAUCAGACAUGGUUGAAAACAAAAGCAGUGAAAAUGUUGUGGAGCUCUUCUGCACCAAAAGCUGCGUGUCUGCAUUCAAGAUCCAGGCUGUCAAUUCAUCAGCUGCCUCAUUGAAUUGUGACCACUGUGGUAAGACUGCAGUGCCAACCUGUCACCUUGCCAUGUCAGAUGCCUCCAUCAGAAACUUCUGCACUCUUAAGUGUGGCAUGGAUUUCAGGGAGAGCCAGAAUCCAGCAGGAGUCCCCGAUCAAAGUCAAAGGGAUUUCCUCCAUCCACCACCGAAGCUGCUAUGCGCCCAGUGUCAAAGCAUCGUAUUAACUACACCCAAAGUCAUCCAGAGAAAGGAAAAAAUAUACUUUGCAUGUAGUGUGGCCUGUUUUCAAGAAUUUAAGAGGGUCAACAGCAUCACGGCUACCUGUGAAUACUGUAAGAAUGAAAGAAUCAUCAAAGACGUCAAGAGAGUCGGCGGCAAAGACUGCUGCUUCUGCAGCGAUGCCUGCAAGACACUUUUUUGUCAAGAGCUAAAAGGGAAGUGGGGUAAACACUGUCGCUCGUGCAGUUACUGCCAGUCGAUAUCCAAGAGUCUGGUGAUGACACCGGGUGAAGACACGGACAUCGAGUUCUGCUCUGAAGCCUGCUGCUCAAAAUACAAAAUGCUCCUCAUCCAUGUGGCAAAAUGUGACACCUGCAGUAACAAAGGGAAACUAAAGCAGAGUCUGCCACUGCUGGGAGAGGUCAAAUACUUCUGUGGCAUGAAGUGUCUCCUGCACUUCUGCAGUAACAAGGUUCAGAUGCUCGACGGAGAAGUCUCUUUAUCUCCAGUACCUGCAGCACCAGCAGAGUCCUCUCCUGUCAUUGGGAAUGUUUUAUCUUUGGCUAAUGCUCUGACCAGGCAGCACAGCGGCCCAGCAGCCUCUCCACAGCUUGGCUCCAUCACUGACAUUCAAACAAAGGUCAUUGGACAUGCCAGCGUUCAGACUGUCCCAAAGGAGCUCAAGAACAAGUCGAUCAUCUGUACUCCGCUGGUUCAUAACAAAGGGGUCUCCUGUACAGAAGAGGCUCUUAACAUAGAGACACAAAAAGAAGACCGUUGUGAUCCUAAAGUCGUAGUCCUGCCUGUCCCAGUGCCGGUUUACGUUCCUGUGCCUAUGAACAUGUACAGCCAGUACACCCCACAGCCGGUGGGCCUGCCCUUACUGCUGCCUGUGCCCCUGGUCCUCCCUGUGAACACAGAUGGCUCUGAGGCAACGGUGAAAUCCACAAAGGAGAGUUUGCAUCCUGAAAACUUACAGGGUGAGCUCAACAUCAGGCCUGAGACGGAGAUAGAGCAGAGCGAGGAAGGGCAGAAGCAUGGAAAAAUGAUAAAAGAGGAAGAAAGACCCAAGCCUUCAUCCCUGGAGGACCACACCAGGAGCUGCAGCAGUGACUUGCGUACAGAUUUUAAGCCCACUUUUGACAACCAGGAGGAUUUCUUUGAUACCAGCGCCGGGCCGGUCACUCAGCCGCGAGGCCACAAAACCUCCCCUCCAGUUUCAGAUGAGGACAUGCCCAGCAGUCCUCUUCCUGACCCC